AGGGCCGGCCCUGCACGAGCUCCGCCCCCAAGGGGCGCUGCCACCCGAGGAGGCCGGCGCAGCGGCGCUUCCCAUUCAUUGUCUUGACAGAGCAUCCUCCGCGGGCCAGUCUGCGGCUCCGCCAGCUCCUUCCUCCUCCUUUCCGUCCUCCUCCACUUGGGGGGUCACACUCAGCUCCCCGCAGCAGGAUGAGCCGGCAGGUGGUUCGCUCCAGCAAGUUCCGACAUGUGUUUGGACAGCCAGCCAAGGCUGACCAGUGCUACGAGGAUGUGCGCGUCUCACAGACCACCUGGGACAGCGGGUUCUGUGCUGUUAACCCCAAGUUCAUGGCUCUGAUCUGUGAGGCCAGCGGAGGAGGGGCCUUUCUGGUGCUGCCCCUAAGCAAGACUGGACGAGUGGACAAGAACGUGCCCCUGGUCUGUGGCCACACUGCCCCUGUGCUAGACAUCGCCUGGUGCCCACACAAUGACAAUGUCAUUGCCAGUGGCUCUGAGGAUUGCACAGUCAUGGUGUGGGAGAUCCCCGAUGGGGGCCUGACGCUGCCCCUGCGGGAGGCCAUCGUCACCCUGGAGGGCCACACCAAGCGGGUGGGCAUCGUGGCCUGGCACCCCACAGCCCAGAAUGUGCUGCUCAGUGCAGGUUGUGACAAUGUAAUCCUGGUGUGGGAUGUGGGCACUGGAGCGGCUGUGCUGACACUAGGCCCCGAUGUGCAUCCCGACACAAUUUACAGCGUGGACUGGAGCAGGGACGGAGCUCUUAUCUGUACCUCCUGCCGGGACAAGCGCGUUCGCAUCAUUGAGCCUCGCAAAGGCACUAUUGUGGCUGAGAAGGACCGUCCCCACGAGGGCACCCGGCCAGUGCACGCUGUAUUUGUAUCAGAAGGAAAGAUCCUCACCACAGGUUUCAGCCGCAUGAGUGAGCGGCAGGUGGCGCUGUGGGACACAAAGCACCUGGAGGAGCCACUGUCCCUGCAGGAGCUGGACACCAGCAGUGGAGUCCUGCUGCCUUUCUUUGACCCUGACACCAACAUUGUCUACCUCUGUGGCAAGGGUGACAGUUCCAUCCGGUACUUUGAGAUCACUUCUGAAGCCCCGUUCCUGCACUAUCUCUCCAUGUUCAGUUCUAAGGAGUCUCAGCGUGGCAUGGGCUACAUGCCCAAACGUGGCCUAGAAGUGAACAAGUGUGAGAUUGCCAGAUUCUAUAAACUGCAUGAGCGGAAGUGUGAACCAAUUGCUAUGACAGUGCCUAGAAAGUCGGACCUGUUCCAAGAGGACCUGUACCCACCCACUGCAGGACCAGACCCUGCCCUCACAGCUGAGGAAUGGCUUGGGGGUCGGGAUGCUGGGCCCCUUCUCAUCUCCCUCAAGGAUGGCUACGUGCCCCCAAAGAGCCGAGAGCUGCGGGUCAACCGGGGCCUGGACAGUGCGCGCAGGAGGACCCCACCAGAGGCCAGUGGUACUCCCAGCUCGGAUACUGUGUCACGGCUAGAGGAGGAGAUGAGGAGCCUGCAGGCCACCGUGCAGGAGCUACAAAAGCGUCUGGACAGACUGGAGGAGACUACUCAGGCCAAGUAGAGGACCCCAGGGCCUUCAGCUGGGGCCACUCACUCCACUCCCAGCCCACUCCUCAGGCUACAUGGUAAAUGAGAUGAAAAUAAUAAAAUGGCUCUAUUUUCUUGUA